AUGGUAACAACUUUACUUUUCCUGUGUAGUUUUGUCGGUGUUGUUUUAGCUGAGGAAAUUACCAUUACAAUAUUCAACUUCGCAACUAUUAAUAGGGUUGUAAAACUUAGCAGUACGUUUUUACUUCUAAACACAGAUUCUAAGAUUCAAUGUGCUCAGAAAUGUGCUACUAACAGUAAGUGUUGGAGCGUGAGUUAUAGUUCUAACGGAGAAUGUAGACUUUGUGACAGAGGAUGGAAUCCACUUUGUACCAUUUGUGAAGAGGAAAUCGGCGCAGUUUUAUACUCUAAGGAUGAUGAAGGUACCUGUAUAAAUGGUGGGCGGUUAGAUCAGCACAAUACAUGUAUAUGUCUAGAUGGUUAUGCUGGUACCAACUGUGAAACGUUAAUUUCAGAUUGCACCAAUGGGAAGACGUUUUCAUAUUAUGACGGAAAUGAUGGUAUACUUUAUAUAAAACCCUCAGCCUCUCCUACACCCAUCCCCGUGUACUGUUCCCUAACACAACACAGGGCAAGAACAUACAUUCAGCGCCAUUACAACCCUGGUUUUGGAUUUAAUGAAACCUGGGAUAACUACAGGGAUGGCUUUGGAGAUAUGUUUACUACAGCCAAAGAUUUCUGGCUGGGAAAUGUUCAUACACAUUACAUCACAAGCAAUGGGUUUUAUACACUUGUGUUUGAAAUGGGAAACCAAGAUAAUAGUCAAGUUUAUCAACAGGAAUAUGAAGGGUUUGUACUCAAUGACGAGGCAUCACAAUUCUCUUUUGGACUUGAUUCUGAUUCUACAACUACACUAUCUGGUCUACCUACAUUAGGAAACUGUCUGUCAUACGUUGAAAGUGGCAUAUUUUCUACAUAUGACAAGGACAAUUCUCUACAAUGCGCACAAAAACAUGGCAGUGGAUGGUGGUUUGGGUACGCAGGAAAUUGUGGCUACUGCAAUCCAAAUGGCGUACUUAUUCAGUCAACAAAUGGCCAACGGAUUGGUGUGGAUUAUGAAGUAUUCUGGGAGGAGACUAUGGAAGAGUGGUCUCCAUGGUAUGUUGAAAUGUGGUUAGAAUUGAGAUGA